GCUUUGAUGGCGCUUUAAAGCGGCGUGCAAAGCGGCGGCAAAGCGUAACAAAGCUUAAUUAAAGCGUAAAGACCGUAAUAGAGCAUGAGAAAGCUUUGAGCAAUUUGGUACAUUCGGCAAGAGCGCCAAAUUUUUUUAAACUGUUUAAAAAUUUUAGGCGAUCUGUCACGGAUUGCUUAAAGCGGGAAGAGCGUAUUAAAGCUUAUCAAAGCGUCACAAAGCUUAACAAAGUCGUAGGAAAGCUUAACAGAGUUUAAGAGAGCUUGGUUCAAAGCGGUGACCCCAUUUUGGACGCUCUUUCACCACUUGACACGCUUUGUUAAGAUGUCUUAAGAUUUGAUAAGAUCUGGCAUCAAGACUUGACACGCUUUCCCACGCUUUCAUCAAGGAUUGACACGAUUUUCCACGCUUUCAUCAAGGAUUGACACGCUUUGUCAGGCUCUGUCACGCUUUGUUACGAAUGGCUAGCUCUCUCACGCUCUCACACGACACACACGCUCUGUCACCAUCCCUAUUAAUACCGACGGGACUCGAGUUCUUAUAAUUUCAAUUGUCCGAGUGAAAGAAGUUCUAAAUCUGGUGAACUUUAAAUCUACUAUAAAGUAAAAUAUGGGACCCAAGAGAGGUCGAGACACAACCAAGAAGAACCAGAGAAGAGGACGCAGAGACCAUGUCGUUGAGAUUCAGAGGGCUAGAUCUCCAACUCCACCGCAGCCAGAAGAAGACAUACUGGUGCCAGAGCAGCCACAGCCUGUCAUAGAGUCUGGGGAAGAUCAGUCUGUCAUAGAGUCAGGGGAAGAUCUCCCAGAAAUCCCAUCAGUUUCAGCAGCCCGCAAAAGGCGUAAGAAUAAGCCUUAUUAUUAUGCCCAGCUGAAAGAGGCUCAGAAAGAAGAGUUGAUUGAUUGGUUAAAACAGAACCCGUGCAUCUACUCCAAGAGGCUGUUUGAGUACAAAGACGCACCCCAAAAGGAGAAGCUGUGGGAAGACAAAGCCAAAGCGAUGGGUUUGGAGGUGGCAGCCCUAAAAACCUUCUACAAAUCAAACAGAACCCAAAUGAGCCGCCUGAAGAAGAGUGUUGGGAAGUCUGGUGAUGGUACAGAUGUUUUAGAGGACCUGUCUGCUACUGAUCGAUGGAUCUGGGAAAACUUCUCAUUUCUAAAGGAUCACAUCGAGACAGUUGAGCGCAGAAACGUCGUCAGCAUCCAUGGCACAACUGAGAGGGAUGCAGGCAGGACAGCACCAACAUCCACGUCUACUGGGUCAGCAGCCGCAGUACCACCUACAGCAGCCUCCAACAUCCAGUCAAACUUUGGGUCAGAGUCACAGUCUACAGACCCCUCCUCUCGAAGACAUUACAAAGAGAGUGCUGACCUCAAACAAACUCUGAUGGAGUACAUUUCUGGUUCCAAGAAAGUGGGUUCCUCCCCCUUUGCCAGACAUAUAGACGAGGGACUCGCUGAGCUUCCCAGCGACAUCAGACGCACGACACAGAUAAAGUUGAUGACUGUUCUUCAUGAGGGGCAGAAACAGGCUGAAGAGCGCCAGGAGAUGCAGCAGCAGGUGCCUAGUACACUGCAGCAUACCUUCCGACAGCAGCAGCAACAGGUCGCCCCCUUCCAGCCAAACCCUCCGCCGUACCUUCCCAGCUCCACCAGUAGGCAUGACCCCUCCAGAUUGAUGUCACAGAAUCACCAAUGGCAGCCUCCACCAUCCCAGUGGCCAACCCAGAUGACAGGACAACAGACCAGUCUCUGGCGCUCCCAAGACCCUCAGUUCAUGAGUUCACAGUUCCCUGCCAUGUACUCACAACGGUCGUUGAGAUCCCCCGUUCUCAUGGACCUGGACACGGGAACAACACGCCCCGUCUCACCCAUACCAAGAUCAUCCACUCCCUUCACUGAUACCAGCUCUCAAGGGCAUGGUGCUGCUGCUACUGCCGCUGCUGACAAGACUACCGACUCCCUGAAUCUGACUGACAUUGUAAACAGUGCCAUAACCGCUGCAGGUAUCUCCACCAGGCCACCAUCUCCUCUGAGAACUCCUCCAGGACCGGAAGAUGACACCACCAAGAAGUGAAUUCAGUAGCAUUUUUGAAUUGACACGGGAGAUUUUUCAAUUUUAUAUGCUGUAUUAACUUUUGAUAGUUUGAUGUUAUAAUAUUUGUCUGUACAUUGUAUUAUGUACAUGAUGUAUGAUAAGACAAAGAAGGGUUUUUGUUUGUUACAACGUUUUGGAAAAAUUAAUAAUGUUUGCUUUGAAAGUUGUAAAUGUGUUAUAUCAAGUUGGAUAUAUAAUUAUAAUGAUUUGGAAACAGUGAUUAUAAUGUUUGCUUUGAAACGUUUAAAUGUAUCAUAUUAAAGGUUUGAAACGACUAAAUAUGUACAAUUCAGUGAAAUACUUGUUGCAAUAGUUUUACCAAAGAAAAAAUAAAGCAAUGACCGAUUAUCGAAAGUUGCUGGUAAAAGUUUUCUUUAUUAUAUUGUUAACUUGUACUGCCGAAAAUUUGAACAUGAAAUUAUUAUUAUUUCGGAAGUUACCCACUCAUCAGACCCGACAAAAACAGAAUGUCGCAAUUCAAUACGUUUGCCGAUAUGUUUAUGUAAUGCAAA